CGACUACAUGCCACUAUUUUAUCUUGAGAAAUACAGCGUUUCGGCGUGAUCGUGAUAAGUGACAGCCGAUAUGGCGGUUGGAUUACUUCUUAUAUUAAUUUGGAUGUUCAUAUGUCUUGUCUGGCAGCCGCUUAUCGUAGUUUCCGAAGGAUGUACAAGUGAACAGUUUACAUGUGCCAAUGGUCAAUGUAUACCCAAAAUAUGGAAGUGCGAUGGUGACGCAGACUGUAGAGAUGGGAGUGAUGAAAUAUCCUGUCCACCUAUAACUUGCUCACCAAGACAGUUUUCGUGUGCUUCAACAAAUCUCUGUAUACCGAGUGGAUGGCGAUGUGAUGGAGAAGAUGAUUGUGGAGAUAACUCUGAUGAGGAACUGGAUGAAUGUCCCACUCCAGCACCAUUCACAUGCCCAGCAAAUUAUUUUCAAUGUCUGGGAACUGAAAGAUGUAUACUGGUAACUCAACUAUGUGAUAAUAUUGUACAAUGUCCACAAGAUGGAUCUGAUGAAGGAGCACACUGUAGGGAUGAGAAUGUCUGUGCCAAUGCCGGAUGUGAGAAGCACUGCAGAAUAGGACCAUUGGGACCAGUUUGUUUUUGUGAUAAUGGAUAUAAAGCCGGGCCUGAUGGCAAGUCCUGUGUUGAUGUCAAUGAAUGUGUGGAAAUAGUCGGUGUUUGUGAACAGAUGUGUAUUAAUAAUAUUGGCAAUUAUGAAUGCAGCUGUGCACCUGGAUAUCAACUGGUUGGACAAGAUUGUGAUAUUGUAGUUGAGGAAGAACCCAAGUUAGUGAUUGCAAACUCUAUAAAUAUCAUGACGCUGUUACUUAAUGGAACUGAUUUCAUCAGCGACUACGUACCAAGUAGACAAGCACUUGCGUUAGAUUUUCACCACAACCAGCAGAAGGUUUGCUGGGUACACCAUGACUUGGGGACUGGUGCAAGUAAACUCAAAAGUGUUAAUGGUGCUACCAUGGAUCCUGCAACAGUGGAGGAUAUCCCAAUUUUUUUCCACCUUGAUAAUGUUGAACAACUAGCCAUUGAUUGGAUUACUGACAAUAUAUACUUUGUAGAUGAUGUUGCUAACCGGAUAUUUUUGUGCAAACCCAACACUACUAUGUGUAUUACCAUACUGGAUGUAGAUUUAGUAAACCCACGUGGUAUUGCAUUAGACCCUGCCGAUGGUCUACUGUUUUACACUGACUGGGGAUCUCAUCCCAAAGUGGUUAGAAUGAACAUGGAUGGUACUGGUGUGACUGCAUUAGUAACAACAAAAGUUGUUUUCCCGCAUGGCGUUACCCUUGACUAUGAUCAAAAGAAGGUCUAUUGGGUGGAUGCCUAUCUUGAUUACAUCGAAUGUAUGACAUACGAGGGAAAUGAGCGAAGAACUGUAGUUCAGGGUCAAACGGUUGCACAUUUAUAUGGAAUUACUAUUUUUGAAUCAUCUCUAUAUGUUACCAACUGGCAUGAUAAUAGUAUUGUAAAAGUUAAUAAAUAUAAUGGGCAUUCUGAGGUGAUUAAAGAUGGAAUGAGUCGGGCUGGUGCUCUCCACGUUUACCACCAAUAUAGACAACCGCGAACUUCCAAAGAUGACUGUAAGCCGCCUAAAUGGAGUUGUGGAAUCCCUCCAAUUUGUCUUGAACCACAUCAACUGUGUGAUGGAAUAGCAGACUGUGAAAAUGGAACUGAUGAAGCAUAUUGUGAACAAAAUGAAUGCGAUGAAAAUCAUCAAUCUAAUGAUUGUAGCCAUAUUUGUUAUAAUUCUCCUGACGGAUAUCGUUGUGGUUGUCCCAUUGGAAUGGUCUUGACAGAGGACAACAAAAACUGUAUGUUUUCAGAUGAAGACUUCUGCAGUAUGAAAGGACGUUGCAGCCAGAUCUGCGUCAAGACGAAAGGAAAUCGUGGGCCUUAUUAUUGCGAUUGUUACCAGGGUUACCAACUAGAACCAGACAAUUGGUCAUGCCGAAGUACAGAUCCUGGUGUUCCAUACUUGAUUUUUUCAAACCGUUACGAGUUGAGGUUUCUGGAUAUUCGUCAUACAAGUGGCUCAUAUUCGUCACUGAUUACUAAUCUUCGUAAUAGUAUAGCGUUGGAUGCUCAUUAUGCAAAACGGCUGGUAUUUUGGACGGAUGUCGUAGACGACAAGAUAUAUCGUGGUAUGAUAACUCCUGAUGAAGACAAUGCAGGUCUCAUCAAUGUGGAGCCUGUAGUUGAGACUGGGCUGGCAACAACUGAAGGAUUAGCUGUGGAUUGGAUUGCUGACAAUAUAUACUGGGUUGAGAGUAAUCUAGAUCAAAUUGAAGUAGCUCGGAUCAAUGGAACAAUGAGAACGACACUUAUUGCUGGGAAUAUGGAAAGUCCAAGAGCCAUUGCUUUGGAUCCCAGAGAUGGAUUGCUGUUUUGGACAGACUGGGAUAGCGGCCAACCUCGAAUUGAACGUGCUUCAAUGGCUGGAGAAAACAGAAUUAUUGUUAUGAAUGUGACUGAUCUACAAGGUGGAUGGCCUAAUGGUCUGACGAUUGACUUUUUAGAAAGGAGAAUUAUUUGGAUUGAUGCCAGAUCCAACUCAAUCCAUUCAUCGUUUUAUGAUGGCAGUGAUGUUCACACUAUUCUCAAAGGACAUGAACAUCUUUCACAUCCCUUUGCAGUGUCGUUAUUUGAAGGAUUCGUGUUUUGGACUGACUGGAAAUCAAAUAUCGUUGUUAAAGCCAAUAAGUGGACUGGAGGCAAUGUGACUGUGGUUCAUAAUACUAAUUCACAACCCUUUGAUUUACAAGUCUAUCAUUCAACACGACAACCUCCAUCUACAAAUCCCUGCGUCCACAACGGUGGAUGUAGUCAUCUGUGCAUCAUAGGUCUCCAUGGUAACACUGCCGUUUGUAAGUGUCCACAUCUUACAAAGCUUGCUGAUGAUAAAAAAACUUGUGUCAGUAAUGAAAAGUUUGUCUUAUUUACAAGACAGACAGAGUUGCGUGGUGUUGACUUGAAAAAUGGGUUCUACAGUGUCAUACCAGCACUGACUGUACCAGAGUUGGAAAAUGCAACAGCUGUGGAUUAUGAUGCAAGAGAAAAAAGAAUUUAUUGGACAGAUGUGAAACUAAAUGCAAUCAAACGAGUUUUUAUUAACGGGACUGGAAUAGAAAGCAUUGUAUCAGGAGUAUCUAAUCCCCAUGGAUUAGCUAUAGACUGGAUUUCACGAAAUAUCUACUGGACGAGCUAUGAUAAUUCCAAGAAAGCGAUUAAUGUUGCCAAGCUGGAUAAGACGUAUCGAAACAGUAUAGUGACUGGCGAUCUGGAUCACCCUUCUGCCAUUGCUGUCAAUCCAAGAGAAGGUAAAAUUUUCUGGAUCAACAAUGGUGAGUCUCCCAAGAUAGAAGCUGCUAAUAUGGAUGGGACAAACCGAGUCGCAAUCAUAGAAGGAUUACAAAAGCCUGGAGGUUUAGCGAUAGAUCUUAAUUUGAACAAACUUUACUAUACUGAUGCUGGGGAUCAGUCAAUACAUGCAUCAGAUUUUAAUGGUGAAAAUGCCCAAAUAAUUUUUACCCCAAGUCCAACUUCUCAACCAUGGGGUAUUGCUGUCACUGAUGAUAAAAUUUACUGGUCUGAGAAGAACAGUGAAGAGAUAAUGUACGUUGAUAAGACAAAUCCUGGUGUGCAAACUGUGCUACGUAAUCGCAGUCCAAAUGUGAUGGACAUCGUGGUAUACGAUGAGCAAACACAAAAUGCUGAAAUUGUUAAUGCUUGUUACGAUAACAAUGGAGAUUGCCAACAACUGUGUUUACCGACUUCUGCAUCAGAACGAGUUUGCAAAUGUACGGCUGGAUUUACCAUUGAUGAUGGGGAAACAAUAUGCAGAGGUAUUGCUUCUUUCUUGUUAUAUUCAAUGGAUACUGGUAUAUAUGGUAUAUCCUUGGAUCUGGUUGAUACAGUUGAUGUUCUUACUCCUAUUACCGGACUCACCCUUGCUGUCGCUGUUGACUUUGAUGCAGCCAAAGAUUAUAUUUACUGGACAGACACAAUGAAGAAUACAAUUCAUAGAAUAAAAAGAGACAUGACGCAGAAAGAAGAUUUAUUGACCAAUGCAUUGGGACGUGUUGAAGGAAUCGCUGUGGAUUGGAUCGCCCGUGAGUAG